ACAAGAGCCCGCAGCAUGAGCAUGGUGAGCCGGACGGAAAAGGAUUACGACAGCGCCACGCCGGCGCUGCAACAACAAAUGAACCUCGCACGGCGCGCCUGCUGGAGCAGCUGCCCGACCAGACCCAGCUCCAGCUCCAGUUCAAGUCCAGGUGCCCUUGAUGCUAUAGAAAUUCAAUUGCCCGUGGCAACAGCUUGUCAGCCGGCUAAGCCAAUGAGUCCUAAUCAAAGAACAACAACAACCCAAUCUCCACCGAGCAAACGUCCAAGAUUCAGUACGGGCGGCAGCUGGCAGCGGCAACUGUUGCUGCUGCUGUGCGGCAUUUGCAUUUUGCUGACCAGCAUCGAGGCACGUCCCAAUGUUAGCGCCUCCAGCAGCAGCUCCAGCUCCGGCUCCACCUCCAGUUCUGCCUCCAGCGACAAGCCAGCGGAUGCCGUCACGCAGCUAAACCUGCCUCAGACGACAUCGUCGCCAGCAUCAACAGCUGCGUCUCCGGCUCUGCCCAAAGCCGAACCGCUGACAGGUGAUGCAAAGAUUGAGAAGGAUUUGUUCGAUGUGUCGCUCGACGAUGAGACGGACGAGGCACAUCAUCACACGGAACGUUAUCCGCUCUCCCAGGUGGACUUUGCGCGGGUCAAGACGCCGUUCAUAAUUGGCAUUUGGAUACUUUCGGCGAGCAUAGCCAAAAUCGGUUUUCACAUGACGCCCAAAUUGCAUCUAAUAUUUCCGGAAUCCUGUCUACUUAUCGUGGUGGGCGUGGCCAUAGGCGUUGUGCUCUAUUUCUGCACAGAUGUUGCCGUCUCGCCGCUAACACCGAACACCUUCUUCUUCUACAUGCUGCCGCCGAUAAUAUUGGACGCCGGCUACUUUAUGCCGAAUCGCAUGUUCUUUGAUAAUCUGGGCACCAUCCUGCUGAUGGCCGUGGUUGGCACCAUCUUCAAUGUGGCCACAAUUGGUGGCUCCCUUUACGCGUGCGGGCUGUGCGGCGUCUUUGGCGAUGAGACGCCCAAGUUGUUGGACGUCUUUCUGUUUGCCUCGCUAAUAUCCGCCGUCGACCCGGUGGCUGUGCUUGCCGUAUUCGAGGAAAUACACGUCAACGAGAUCCUCUACAUUGUCGUCUUUGGCGAGUCUCUGCUUAACGAUGCCGUCACGGUUGUCAUGUAUCACAUGAUGGAGGUCUAUAAUGAGAUCGGAUUGCCCAACAUUAUGGCGCAGGACAUUGCCAGCGGCGUGGGCUCGUUUUUUGUUGUGGCCCUGGGCGGAACUGCCAUAGGCAUUAUUUGGGGCUUCCUGACGGGUCUGCUAACACGUUUUACGGAUCAUGUGCGUGUCAUAGAGCCCAUAUUUAUAUUUGUUAUGGCCUAUCUGGCAUAUCUGAAUGCGGAAAUCUUUCACAUGAGCGGCAUUCUGGCCAUUACUUUUUGCGGCAUUACGAUGAAGAACUAUGUUGAGUCGAAUAUAUCGCAAAAGUCGCAUACAACUGUUAAAUAUGCAUUGAAAAUGUUAUCCAGUUCGGCGGAGACAAUUAUAUUUAUGUUCCUAGGCGUGGCCACUGUCAACAAUAUGCACGUAUGGAAUACGUGGUUUGUGAUCUUAACCAUUGCCUUCUGCUCCAUAUUUCGUGUUAUCGGUGUCAUUCUGCUGUCGGCCAUUGCCAAUCGUUUUCGACUGCACAAAUUGUCGCGAGUGGAUCAGUUUGUCAUGUCGUACGGAGGGUUGCGUGGCGCUGUUGCCUUUGCCCUCGUCCUGCUCGUCGAUGAGAAUGUGGUCAAGCAUAAGAAUAUGUAUGUGACCACAACCAUAGCUGUGAUCUACUUUACGGUGUUUGUGCAAGGCAUCACCAUAAAGCCACUUGUCAAGAUUCUUAACGUGAAGCGAGCCAACAAGCGGAAGCCCAGCAUGAACGAGCGAAUUCACGAGCGUUUUAUGGAUCACUUGAUGGCUGGCAUUGAGGAUAUUGUAGGCAAGACGGGCAACUACAAUGUGCGUGAUAAGUUCAAGCGUUUCGACAAUCGCUUCAUACGCCCCCUGCUGAUCAGAGAUCUAAAGGGCGCCGAACCCAAAAUUAUUGAGACCUACUCCAAGCUGACCAUGCGGGAUGCCAUGGAGGUGAUGCGUCGUAAUCCGUCGACAAUUGGCCAGAUGACGGGCACCGAGUCGAUGAGUGCAUUGUUUAGGAAUUAUACCAAUAAUUAUAUUGGCGGCAGGUGGGCACCGCCAACCAUAUACACCACCUGUCCCAGCCUGACAAAUCUGGACAACUCGUGCUCCCACAACCUGGACAUGGCCGAGCUUGACUAUAAUCCAUCCAAAAAGGAUUUGACAGAUGCCAAGAUACAUCAUCUGCUAGCCGAAGAACUAAAGCCAUAUAGAAGGGCUUCCAUACAAAUGCACCGUCGUCUUAGUUAUAGCCGACACGCAGUAGAUGACAGAGAUUUGUCCACACAGGUCAAUUAUAAAAUGCAAAUGAAUUUCCGUCGCAUGUUCAACGAUCGGAAACAUCACAAGCGCAGCAAACGUGGCGCCAGCAACAAGGAGCCCAAAGAGAAUGUUAAACAGAAUCAUGUCUCGUUCCAUGAUUUCCAACAGAACGGCACCACCAAGCAGCUCUCCAAUGACUAUAUUAACGAUAUGCUUAACGAAACAGCCGAGGAAUGCCCGCAGAAUCCGAAUGAGAUCAAUGUGAUUGGACCCAGCGACGAUUGGGACGACGGUCUCACAUUUACCGCAAAAUCAUCACCUGACUCGGAUCGCGCCAAUAAUAACUCCCUGAUAGCGCAUAUUCAAAACCUGCCCGGUUUUGAUGCAUCCAAGGCGCGCAUCGUUCAGCAUUAUGCGCCCAAGCUCGACGACGAUCAGCAAGAUCUAGACUCGCCCGAUCCGCCAGUUGGACCCACAGCGGCCGAACUGAUCCUGCCCUGGCGACGGGAUCGUUCAUACCAGAGCAUUGUGGCCGAGCAUCCGAUACCCGAAGAGGAUCGCAAUUUGUCGCGCGACUCGGAUGGCGAACGUCGCGUGGCCACGCCCACAGCGACCGAAUCGCAGCUGCCAUGGAAGCGAGGAGGCGACGAGUCGACGGACGCAGUGCAGCAGAAUGAAUUCCCCGCCUGGGCCUCGAACAAGGAGUAUUUGGCCUACAAUUCGCCAAGCGCCACGUUUUUAGGUGGUAUAAACAAGCCUAAACAGCCCAAGUCCGUCAUAGGUCUGUUCCGUCGCGAGAGUUCCAGCUCGAAGGCCGGCAGCCUGGGCAGCGGCGCUGUGGACGCCGCAAGCGCCAGCCAGGAUCUGAUGGUUGUGCCCAUAGUAAAUGCCAUCAAUCCGUUGAUUCAGCUGCCAUCGACAUCGAUGCACAAUCCACGGCUGGACAAUCGAUCGCAGUCCAUAUCGUCCGGCACGUUGGGCGCCCAUCUCGUCGGCCCGGACGGACAUACGGGUCCGUUCCCGGUUACGGCGAGCCAUCGCCGGAACGUGCGACGCGGUUCAAUGCUGGAGCUUAGCGGCGACACAAUACCCGAGGAGUCCAGCUACCAGCACGGCCACUCCAAGUCCCUCUGCGAGCCCGUCGAUGCCGAUGAUUGGGACGCGGUGCCGCUGGCUGGCACCGCCGCCGCCUCCGCCUCGGCCUCCGCGAAAGUAAUGCAUGCCGGACGUGAACCUUUGCUGCCGCGUCUGGCCGCGACGACGACGACGCCGCGUGCCCAGAUCCGGCACAUGAACGCUGGCGCGGUGGGCGGUUCGGCUGUGGGCGUGGCGGGCGGCAGAAAUCAAGUGACGAGCGCGCUGCUGGACUACGAGGACACGGACACGGAGGAGGAGGAGGAUGAGGAUGAUGAUGAGGGCGAGGAUUUUGAUUUGUAUGACGAUGAGAACAUUGUCGUCACCACGUUCACAACGCCCGCAACGCCACGCCCACACGAGCUGGGCAGACGGCAUGGCGCUGCAGCUGGAGCCGCACCAGCUCCACCCAACACCACGACGACGACGACAACAAUUCGCCUGACGCGCAACAACGACGAGAGCAUCAUUUGAGGGUCGAGCAGCUGGAGGACUCGCGCCAGAUCCAGGCGUCUUUUCCAAUACGAAAUGUUCUACUGAGAUCGGCCUAACUAUCCACAUGAAUAUAAUUGACACAUAUAUAUAUUAUGUAUAUGUAUAUAGGCACAUUUUGAAAAUGGUUUAAAAACAAAAAAUAAGAAAGCUUUAUAUUAUAAUUAACCCCAUAAUUGUAUAUAACAAAAGAGUAUAGAAAGCUUCGGCUUGCCGAGGAAUAAAUAACCUUGCGGAUAUAUUUUAAUCUUUAAAAUAACCUACAGAUAAUUACUAGAAGAGCUCUAUGAUAUAUUGGUCCGAUGUAGCUAAGCAAAGGGUCUAAUAUAUAUGAUUUUUUGGAAAACAGAAGAGAUUUUCAUUCAAGAACUUCAUUUUUCGAGCGAUUAUUCCUAUCAGCUAGACGAUAUGCCCGUAAGACUUUAGCGGGAAGUUAGAAGCAUGGUAAAUAUUUAACAUGCAAAUUGUGUUAAGCAUAUUUCAAAAUGAAAAGUCUCUAUUCUACGUAUAGCAGCUAUAUAAUAUAGAGGUCCUAUUAUUCCUAGUUAUGUGGUAUAUGGUAUCCGAUAAUAAUAGGCCUCAAUCCAGAAGUUAGGAGCAUGGUAAAUAUUGACCAUUUCCUGGGCAUUUUUUGAAAACGAAAAGUUUCUCAUUCAAGAACUUCACGUUCGACCUAUUCUACCUAUAGCAGCUAUAUGAUAUAGUGUUCCGAUCAGGCCAACUCCGACUAGGCAUACCAUCUGUAACUAAAAUACGCUUCUAAAACAAAUUUCAGCAGGCUAGCUUCACAGUACAGAUAGUUAACAUAGUCCGUUCAAUAGCUGGAUAGUUAGGAUCUGCAAGGAUAUUUAAAGAGAAAAACGAUUGUACGUACGUCUGGCACACACAAAUUAUAAGUUAAAUAGAAUUUUUUCAGCUGCUUUGAACCAUUUAAGUUCUUCAAUUGUUAAACUAAUCUAUUUAUAAUGUAUUUACUGUAUUUAAAGCUAGCCUAAUGCAAAUGUGUUCCAGAAACAAUUGUGUUAUCAAUUAAACAAUUUAGCCAAAGUUCAGUAUAAGUCCUAACACUUAGUUAGCUGUGUGUCCGUGAAUUGUCUUUUGCUUUUAGUUUAGACAAAUUUAUAAUAUCUAUAUGGAUAAUUAUAACUGUGUUGCUGCAGUAUUUAGUUCAAUUUUAGUCGUACUUAACGUAGCGUGUAAAAGAGAGCUGUAGAGCUACGUUUAAAAAUAAAUAAGAAAUCUAUUUCUAAGCAACAACUAAACUAGUUAAUACCUAUAUAUAUAUAUAUACUAAUAUACUAUAGCUAUUUAGCAAGAGUUGUGUAAUUUAUAAAUUAUUUUUGUAAACAUUUACGAGCCACAAACUAAUGAGAAAUGAGUAGCACGAGAGUAAAUCUUAACGUCUAAGUAUGCGUGAAUUUUCGACUGUAUGACCAGAAAGCAGGAGUCCCAAUAAAUUUGCAGUUCAAUAUGUUCAAA